UUCUUGCUCCUUGCAGAUUGACACCAUGGAGAACUUGUUCCCUCACUCAGAAGGUCUCACUGCCUGUCCGCUGCUGCUGGUCUCUGAGACCAUCUGUGAGGUGGAAAUUGAGAAAUCUCCUCCUCUCAUUCUUGAACAUGAAAAAGAAAAUGAAGUACUCAUUUAUAACUCUGGAAAACAGGAAACUACAGACUCCUCUGAACCUUUAUCACUGGAGGCAUCCACUGCCGCUGUUACCCCAGAAACAUCAGGCCAGUCCUCAGUGACAUACUCGACCGUUCUCCUCUCCGAUAAGCCUGCUCUCCUUCGAAAGCAGCAGGAGAGUCUGUGCAGCUCCAGCGACGAAGGCAACUUCUCUGCCAACAACUCAGACAUUUCUGGCUCCUUCCCUGGAGGUCUCUGGGACAUGUGCUCGGACAGCACCAAUCCUCGCCAUUCCAGCUCCUACAACUCCGUGGAAGAGUUCUCGGAAACAUCGGAACAAGAUUAUGAAUCAUCGGAAAGCACUGGUGUAGCCAAAGACCUCUACUACCUCAAGAUGAAUGAGGAGGAGAAGCAGGAAGGAGAAGAGGAUAUCGAGGAAGCACAGGAUAGGAAUGAGAUAGUUAUGAGGGUGGACGUCAGGCCUCUUCUAGAAGGCAAAAAAUCCACAGCCGUUGAUUCCAAUAAUGUAUCUCAUAGCAUUCCACUUUAUCUGCCUCAGUUUCGAACCGACUGCAUUAAUCCACCCUGAAAUAAUGAGAACAGCACCACCUGCUUGUAAUGUGGGAUAAUUGUAUUCCUCACUGGAUGAAAGUCCAUAAAAUGCCUCAGUGGUUUUCCUACAGGGCUGCAGGUUUUUUUUUUAAGCUCCAGGCUGAACAAUUUGAGGGAAAAAAAAUUGACUUUGAUUUUGUGAUUUAUACAGUAUGAUUAUAAAAUACAGCAUUACUAUAAAAUUAUAAAUAUUAUUAUAAUUUUUCAUUAAG